AUUCCUCAGUACUCAUGUUGAUGACAGUCGCCAAUGUUUAAUGCACAUCAAUCUGAACAUGCUUCGAACGAGAUUUUUGCAAUGGAGACACUGUAAGGGAUGCCCGAUCUCAUCAGCCUUGUGGAACAGAGGUACUUACAAAGACGAUAGAUGGUUUUCGACCUCUACAGCCUUAACCUUGGGAAGAAAGGAAAACAAGCUCACGGUGGACAGUCUCCAUCAGCUGUCGGUGGAUAUUACAAAAAUUCGUAAACUGAAGAGCUGGGUAUUGUUUGAAGAUACAGCUUAUGUGAGUGAAAUUGCGAAAGUUUUGAAGGAAAUGGGAGCAGAGAGGACAGCAAUAACCACCAUUUUCGAGCAAUGUCCAGAGGCUGUCCUCUGCACACCGACAGAAGCCAAGUCCCAGCGUGAGUUGUGGAGAACGGUCUGUCCUAAUGAAAAAAAACUGGUGAAAAUCAUAGAACGUUUCCCUGACUCCUUCUUCACAGUCAAAAACUAUACUAAUCGGCGGGCAAACGUUGAAUAUCUCCAAGAAUUGAACCUGAACAAGAGGGUCAUCAGCCGCUUAAUGGCCAGCGCGCCUCAGACCUUCUGCGGAAGCGUGGACAAGAACAGAGCAAUGAUUGAGACUUUACAAGAGAGCUACCUACGGUUAGGUGGUGCAGAGGCUAACGCCAAGGCCUGGCUGCAGAAAUUGUUGAGCCAAGAUCCUUUUAUUUUGUUGAAAUCUCCAGCCGUAGUGAGUGAGAACCUGGCCCUUCUCCACAAAAUGAAGUUCAGCAGGGCUGAGGUACUGAGCCUGCUCUCUAGACUACGAGGAUUCGUCUCUGAACUCUCCCCGAAAAACAUGGAGAAAAGUAGAGCAUUCUCUAAAGAAAGGUUACGCUGUAACGACGAAGAACUGAACGAGAUGAUAUUGAAAUGCCCAGCUUUACUAUAUUAUUCGGUUCUGGGUUUGGAGGAACGCCUCAAUACCAUUUUGCUUGAAGGGUUUUCUGUAUCCCAGAUAAAGCGAUGCCCUACAGUUCUUGAGCUCACCACGCAGAUUGUUCAGGAUCGAAUCAGAAAGUUGAAUGCUCUGGGCUUUGAUGUUAAAAAGUAUAGCUUGGAACUUCUGGACGGUACUAAAAAGGAAUUCGAGAUCAGUUGCGGGAAAAUAAACACAAGAAAGAAACGGCCCUUGUUUAAUCCAGUCGCACCUUUAAACAUUGAGGAAUAAGGAUAAAUUUCAGGCGGUGCUAAAAGAAUUUAAAGCACAUGUUACCAUCGUUGUCUCCAAGCUCGUUGAUGCUAAAAUCAGAUUAAAAUUGAUGAAAUUUAUCCUGUGUAUAUUGGUUGUUACGCACGAACGGAUGAUGUGAUCCAACCUUCGGAUGAGACAUUAAACCGAG